AUGGCUCCACCGUCCGCGGCCGGCGCGGCGGCGAGAUGGCUGGUGUCGCCGCUGCUGCAGUGCCUGGGCGACCGGGCCAGGUCCUUCGCCGACGACCUCGCGCGGUACCUCCCGGGAGGAUCCGGGGACGCGCCCGCCGACCUCGCGCGCCUCUCCGGCGAGCUCCUCCGCCUCCAGGUGAACGCCGCCGACGUCGAGCGCGCCCGGCGCCGCCCCUCCGACCCCGCUCUCGUCGCCUGGCUCCACCGCCUCAGGGACGCGGCCCACGACGCCGACGACCUCCUCGACGACAUCCACUACGGCCGCCUCGCCGACUCCCUCGCCGCCCCACGCCAUAAGCUCCGCCGCAUCCUCGACUUCUCCCUCUCCAUCUGCCGCCGCCUGUUCCGCUCCGACGAGCCCCUCAAUCGGCUCCCCUCCGUCCUCAAGAAUCUCACCGACGCCUCCGCGGCCUACACAGAGAUGGCCCACCGCGGCCUGAAGCUGGACGCGCCCGCCUCUUCGUGGCUUGGCAACGAAUCGGCUACCCCUCCGCGGCUUGGUAACUUUAGCUCCGCCCUCCCAGUCGACAGCACCUUCUUUGGCCGCGGCCGCGAGCUCGCUGAUCUGCUGGAAAGGUUAGUCGGAUGCAAUGGCCCUGCUCAACUCGGGAACCAGGGUGUCCCGGUUGUUGCCAUUGUUGGCGAUGGCGGCAUCGGCAAGACGACGCUGGCGCAGAUGGCCUUCAAUGAUGUGAGCAUCCAGGCUCACUUCGAUCUCCGGAUGUGGGUGUGCGUCUCAAGCUGUAUGCAUGUGAUGGAGCUUACUAGGGAGAUAUUGCAGCUGGCCAAAGAGGGGAAGGACUAUCGUGGUGUACUCAAUUUUAAUUAUCUGCAGGAGUCGCUGGUUUCUGCCGUUGCAGGGAAGAGGUUCUUGCUCAUCCUUGAUGAUGUUUGGAAUGACAACGGGAGUGAGCUUUGGCAGAACGUAGACCAGGGGAAAGCUUUACUAUCACCUCUGCAGAAUGGUCAGCAAGAGCACGCGUUGGUUUGUGAGGAGAGUUCUGGAUAUUCUCAGUUGAAGGAGAUUGGGAGAAAGAUUGCUUUGAAGCUAAGAGGAUCUCCUCUCGCAGCUAAAGUUAUUGGCGGGACGCUUAGUGGUACUCGAAGGGCAAGGGAUUGGAACAGUAUCUUGGAGACAGAUAUUCAUGGUGACAUUGUCGCCACACUUUUGUCAAGCUAUUACCAUCUGCCACCACACUUGCAGUGUUGCUUUGCAUAUUGCAGUAUAUUUCCGAAGAACUGGAAGUUUGAGCCAAAGAAACUUGUUAGGAUGUGGAUAUCACAGGGUUUCAUUCAGAUGAAAAAUGGCAGAAGCAUGGAGGAUUGUGGUAAAGAGUAUUUCAAACAACUUUUGUUGAGGUCAUUCUUUCAGACUGUCAAGCAAGGAAACAAAAGGCUCUAUCUCAUGCAUGACUUGAUUCAUGACUUGGCACAAAUGGUUUCUGAUGGUGAUUGUGGGAGGGUCGAAGGUGACAUGUCCAAAAACAUACUGCCAACCAUCAGACACUUGUCAGUUUCAAGUAACUGUUUAGGAAAGAUAAAAAAUCAAAACUAUCUGAAGAGAUUAAGGACACUGAUUGUGUUUAGAGAUCCUUUGAUGCCCCCGAGUCCUAUCCCAGAUGGUUUUCUUGCUGAGAUAAAGAAUGUGCGCACGUUAGAUUUUACCGGAUGUGAUAUAUCCAAGUUACCUGAAGCAAUUGACGUACUAACUCAUCUACGCUACAUAGCACUUCCUGAUACUAUCAAGACCAUACCUGAAUCUGUGAGCAGAUUACUGCAUCUUCAGACUUUUGAUAUUCCAAAGAAGUGCCAGCUUGAUGGAUUUCCUGAGGGUAUGCACCAGUUGACCAGCUUGCGACAUCUUGGCAUCGAGUCAAAAUACAUCUCAACAAUAAGAGGUAUUGGUAGUCUGGUUAACCUUCAAGGUUCUGUUGAGUUCCAUGUUAAAAAGGAAAAGGGGCGAACCUUAGAAGAAUUGAAGGAUAUGAGGGAUCUCCAUGGGCUUCUUAGCAUCAAGAAUCUGGAAAAUGUUCAAUGCAAAGAGGAAGCUUGCGAAGCUCAAUUGGCAAAUAAGCAACAUGUGAACAUUUUAAAAUUUGAAUGGAGUGUUGCCAAUUUAGAUUUUGGUCCCAACAUAGAUGCUGAAGUAUUGAACUGCUUACAACCUCAUCCCAAUCUGGAAGAACUUCACAUUGCAAGGUACAAAGGGGCAUCAUCGCCGAGGUGGUUGCAGCUGAAAACGUUGUCCCACCUGAAAUGCCUGUAUCUAGCUAAUUGCAGAAGGUGGGAGUGGCUUCCUCCUCUGGGGCAGCUUCCAUCUCUGAGGGUGUUGCACCUGAAGGAAAUGAAUUCUGUUGCUGAAAUUGGCCCUUCGUUCUAUGGUGGCUUGAUGGCAUUUCAAUCUCUAAAGGAUCUUGAAUUUGAUGACAUGCCGAAUUUAGUUCGCUGGACAGGAGAAACUGGUAACUCAUUUCUCCCUUCCCUGCAAAAGUUGAAGAUUUCCAACUGUCCAAAGUUGGAUGAAGUGCCCUUGCUUCCUUAUACAAUAAAAAGAGUGACGGUAGAACGAAGUAAAGUUUCGCAUCUCAAGUUGUCCCCUCAUUGUUCAUCUAGAUCAAGCAAAUUCAUGUUGGAAAUUUCUUCCACGAGUAUUCUGAGUGAAGGGUUCUUAUUACAUCAGCAACACCUUGAAGCUACCGAGGUUCUAAACAUUAGGGGUUGUUGGGGAUCAGUGGCUGCCGAAAAAUUUAAGUUACUAACAUCACUAAGAAAACUACGGUUAUGGCAGUGCGACAUGGAUGAUGCAAGGCUUAAUUUGUGUUUGCAACACUUAACUGUUCUCGCUUCCUUAGAGAUAAUUGACUGCAAGAAUAUCAAAUCAUUUGUCUUGCCAGUUGGUUCAAGGUAUUUUACAACACUUCAACACUUGUGCUUUGAGAAUUGCCUGAACCUUUCCUCCUUGGCUACCUUGGAAAGCUCCAUUUUCCUGAAAAGUUUGAUCAUUGAGAGGUGUCCAAUGGUCACAGCAGUGUCCCUACCUUCUGAGAUGAAGAGAAUGACAUCUCUUAAUAAACUGAGUAUAUCACACUGCCAAGGGUUUCAGUCAUUGCCGAGCAGUAUCCCGCCAUCCCUGGAAUUUCUUCAUUUGGUUGGGUGUGACUCGAGGUUGACUGAAGGGUUACUUGAGAGGCAAGGUCCAGAGUGGGAGAAGAUUGCCUUUAUCUCCCAAAUCACAGUAUACUAAUUGUAUGGCUUGUGUUAGUUUGUUGAACGGUUUCUGCCGAUAGUUUGUGUGUCGUUAUGGAGCCAAUAUCUGGAUUUCAUACAUGAAGCUAGCACUCUACGUACACCUGAAAGCAUACCUACAAAUAGAAUUGGAAUGUCUUGAUGAGAUUCUUGGGAACUCCAAAGCUUUGUGAAGAAGCAAUCACUAUCUACUGGCCAAUGCAAAUGCGGUUGAUCAUUCGAAGGCAUGGCCUACUUAUGUACCGCAAGCUAAAUCCGCUGGAACUUAUGGAGUAGAAGCUCUUGUGGUCAUAGUUUAAAAACCUAAUUUGACUGCAUUGCUUGCCAGCAUAUGGAGUCUCCAUCUGUCACUUCACUUACCCAUGAAGUUGCUUUGCUUUGCUUUGGCAUUUCAGUUAAUCUCUAAGAUGUAUGACUCUCGGAAGGUAUAAUCCCAGAAAGGUGAAGAUCAAGUGUUAAUGCAAGUGUUUCAAGAGAGAGCAUACCACAGGUUUUGUGAGACACUAACUAGUUACUGCAAUGUAAAUGCUGCCAUAUGAACAGGAUAAAUGGAUUAGUGCUCCCUGUAAAUUGUGUAGUUGUUUCCGAUAGUAAACAUCAACACCAUACAUAUAAAUGGUUGAAAUUGAAAUAAUGUGUAUGUUGUACAUAAAUUGCUGGCAUACUACAAGUUGUACUGAAA